AUGGGUAUCGACUUUACAGUCUUCAAAGGUUCCGAAUCUGGUGAGAUAGUGGAGGCCAGGGGUCACCGUGAGGUCGGCCCGACGCAAGCCCUGGUUGCGCUGUCGCACUGUGGGGUCUGUGGCACUGAUUCUCAUUAUCGGCAUGCCAGCCAAGGAUUGGGCCAUGAAGGAGUCGGUGUCAUCAAAGAGGUUGGUAGUCUGGUUGAGAAGCUCUCUGACCUGAGGGUCGGUGACCGUGUUGGGAUGGGAUGGCUGCAAAGGACGUGCGGGUAUUGCAAAUUCUGCCUCACUGGUAGGCAGUUCAAGUGUCAAAACAGCGAACAGUUUGGGACCGCCAACUUGGACCAAGGUUGCUUUGGUACAGGUGUCGCCUGGGAUGUCAGCACACUGUUCAAGAUUCCAGACGAGAUCUCUUCCGAGUCUGCAGGGCCUUUGAUGUGUGGUGGUGCUACUGUCUGGGGCCCGCUUUACGAGCACGGCUUCAAAGCAGGUGAUCGCAUCGGCAUCAUAGGAAUUGGUGGACUCGGACACCUGGCUAUUCAGUUUGCAUCGAAAAUGGGAAUGGAGGCUGUUGUCUUCUCCGGAACCGAGUCGAAGAAGGAAGAAGCGUUACAAUUCGGGGCAAGAGAGUUUUACGGCACCAGGGGAGUCACAAAGUUUGAGGGAAUCGAGCCCGUCGACUGCCUCUUGAUCACAACUUCGGUUCUACCUGAUCUCUCACUAUACCUGCCUGUAUUGGCGCCGUUUGCGAAGAUCUUCCCACUUACCAUCAGUGGGGACAGCAUUCCGGUCCCGGCCUUGCCAUUCGUAAUUUACGGCUACUCGAUAAUUGGAUCUGGGGGAGCUCAUGCACAGUCUGUGAAAGCGAUGUUGAGAUUCGCAGCGGAACAUUCAAUCAAACCAGUCAUCGAGAAGUUCCCGAUGACCCAAAAAGGCGUGAUAGAUGCCAUGAAGAAGCUGGAUGAAGGCAGCGUGAGAUAUCGUGGGGUCCUUGUUGUGUAA